GUGAAAAUUAAAAUCCUUGAAACACAGAGGAAGCUAUCUGUUUAACACCAUAAGCACUAAACACGAUUUUGCCAUCUGAUAUUACAAAUACAUCUUAAAAUUAUUAAAAAUAAGGUGCCGUUCGUAAUAGCAGGAUGUGAUGUGAAUCACCCCCCAAACUGUGUAAACUUCUUAGACUUAAAGGAAAGAGAGAGACGAACAGUUGUUCUACCCUUCUUCCCUUAUACAGUUAAAUGCAAAUUCUCCUUCACAGUCAUAUUCUUGAUAUCUCCCUGCAUACACAGCUGAUACGCCACCUACUGCAAACCCGAGCUGACAGUCGGAGCAAUGCUAGCAGCAUUUCCAUUCCAACAUCGUGACGGAGCUGAAUAAAGGUGCUUUUUUAAAAAAAAAAUCUCUUUGCAAGCUGACAAGAACAAAGCAAGAUAGCUGGCUUUUUGUCCUAGCUUCAAUAAUGGAGAGAAAAAUAAACAGAAGAGAAAAGGAAUGCGAAGAAAAACAGAGCAACUCCGAAGGCUCUGAGCAAGACAAGGACUAUAAAACGUCUCUGAUUACUCUGAACGUUGGUGGCUAUCUAUAUAUCACACAAAAACAGACACUAACCAAGUAUCCAGACUCUUUUCUUGAAGGGAUCAUAAACGGAAAAAUAAUGUGCCCGUUCGAUGCAGACGGUCAUUACUUCAUCGACAGAGAUGGACUCCUUUUCAGACACAUCCUCAACUUCCUACGAAAUGGAGAACUUCUUCUACCAGAAGGGUUUCGAGAAAAUCAACUUUUGGCACAAGAAGCAGAUUUUUUCCAGCUGAAGGUACUCUCGGAUGCAGUGAAAUCAAGGUGGGAGAAGGAACAGCUAGCAUCUCGAGAGACUACUUUCCUGGAAAUAACUGACAGCCACGACCGUUCACAAGGACUUAGAAUCUUUUGUAAUGCUCCUGAAUUCAUUGCAAAAAUAAAAUCCAGAAUUGUACUGGUGUCCAAAAGCAGGCUGGACGGAUUUCCGGAGGAGUUUUCUGUAUCUUCAAAUAUUAUUCAAUUCAAGUACUUCAUAAAGUCUGAAAAUGGUACCCGACUGGUGCUGAAGGAGGACAACACCUUUGUCUGCACCCUGGAAACUCUUAAGUUUGAGGCUAUAAUGAUGGCUUUAAAAUGUGGAUUUAGACUGCUGACCAGUCUGGAUUGCUCUAAAGGGUCAAUUGUUCACAGUGAUGCACUUCAUUUUAUCAAGUAAUCACAGAGGCAAAGGAACUGAGCACGCAGCCAGAAAAGCUCCUUGACCUGCAGCCUCCUGGCAUCACAAAUACUGUAUCGAACCAGCCUCGUACCACGGAGAGCUCGGCUGCUAAUCAAUUGAUGUGAGCUAAUGGUAUGUAAAUCUCAUAAUGAUAUCCGUCUCUGACUGACUUAAGCUGAAUGAAAAUCUGAUGCCUGAAUUUAAUAAAAAUGAUCUGCUCAACAUUGUAAACACAGAUCGAAUGCUUUGUGCUAUUUGUAAUACAUGUUUUCUCCAUGCUGCCUUUCACCCAGAGAGUCUAGCUGGAUUUUUGUGUACUUGUAUGACUAACGUGCACACACCCAACUGCCCUGCUGAACAGCAGUGAGAGUAUUUUCAUAUAAUAAGCAGGCUUAAAAUAUGUUUUGCUUAUAACAAAUUCAGAAUGGAUUUUAACCGGAAUAAAUGAUUUUGAAUGUUCAUUAGUGUUUAUGCUAAUCUAUUGUACUGAAUUUGCAAAAAAAAACCCAAAACCAAGGUUGCAAGAGGGUUUGAAAUUAAUCAACUUGAUUUUGAAGUUAAAUGAUUUCUUAACUCACUUAAAACCAAAUUUACAGCUGUGUUACUACAUUAAUAACAAUUGCCAAAAACAUGUAAACCAACAAAAUAAUGUUGAGGGGGUUAAGUUCUGUUAAUGGGAAAUAAGUUGAAUCUGCACAGAAUGUUAAAGUUUCUAAUUAUAUAUACAUAUCAAAUGGCUAAUAAAAAUGUUUGACAUAAAGUUUCAUGUAA